AUGAUAGUCACAGCAGUGGAAGACGCAUUCAAGCACACCGUGCCACUGCCCACGCAGACGUCCUCGGUUGGACCCGUCCCGACGGUGAUACCGGGGGACCAGCCUAUUGUGCUGCAGAUUCAUGACACGGGAAAGCGCACAUUAUGGGUUGUUGUGGUCCUCAUGGCCAUCUCGUCGCUUGCGUUUUACUUCCUUGCUGCCAGAGUCCGAGUGCAACAUCGCCUACUCCACACUCUGACAGCGCUCAUCACCACAAUCUCGUUCCUGUCCUACCUUGCCAUGGCCACCGGCGAAGGGGUAACAUACAAGCACUCCGUCAACCACCAAGCCCACCAGCACGUGCCAGAUACAUACCAAGAGAUUCUGCGUCAAAUAUUCUGGGUGCGAUACGUGAACUGGAUACUGACGACGCCCCUCAUCCUGAUCAAUAUUGCGUUAAUCGGUGGUCUCAAUGGCGCCAAUCUGUUGGCCGCCAUUGCCGCCGACUUGGCCAUGUUCGCUGCCGGCCUGGCAGCUACAUUCGCGCGCUAUGAGCGCCGUUGGCUGUGGUAUGCCAUUGUCUGCAUCAGUUUCCUGACUGUAGGAUAUCAGGCGGGCGUGAAUGGAGCGCGGUCGGUACGUCAAGGUUCUGAUCGGCAUCGCGCGCUGUUUACUUCGUUUACGGGUGCGAAUUUGCUUGUAUUCGUGUUGUAUCCGAUCAUCCUUGCAGCGUCUCCUCUCAGCCACCGAAUCAGCGUGGAUGCCGAGACUGUCGCCUGGGCGAUCCAUGACAUUCUGACUCAGGGAUUAUUCGGCUACUGGUUGCUUGUUGGGCAUGAUAGUAGUGAGACAGGACAACUCUUCGUCGAUGGGUUCUGGUCUCAUGGCAUUAACCAUGAAGGUGCCAUCCGAGUGGGUGAGAAUGAGGGAGCGUAG